CCCGAUGUUUGCUGAGGGGCUGACCUAGAAGGCUGAAGUUACUGUUCUAACAGGAAUCUAUCUCUUGCACUGGCUCACAACAGUCGCCAGAUCCCCGUGGCUCCUCCCACUAGGCCACUUUGCCACUCUUAGAUUUGAAACUGGGCACCUGCUCUCUCUCCUGGCACCUGCUGCCCAGUAGGAAGGGCAAGAACAAUCCCAGGCGGUGCAUUUGUGAGGAGUCUCCACCCCUCCUCCAGCGCUUCCUUCUCCAGGGCGCCUCUUAGGCCCCGCCCUCACCUGCCCAAGAUAAUUUUAGUUUCCCUGAGCCUGGAAUCUGGAUACGCAAGGUUCUCUCCAUAUUCUCCCGCCUCACCAUCCAAAGGCGUGAUACCCUCCAACCACCAGUAGAGAAGAGAGAGUGGAUUUGAAAUCAAAUCCAAGCGCUUGGGAUCCCUAGACAGAGCCUCACUUUUGCGCCCGGUAUCCGGCUCCUUCUACUGGAGUUUCUCCAGCUGCCAUGGAACUGGACCUGAGCCCACCUCAUCUCAGCAGCUCCCCGGAAGAUGUGUGCCCAGCUCCUGGGACCCCUCCUGAGACUCCUCCGCCCCCGGAUAACCCUCCGCCAGGGGAUGUGAAGCGGUCCCAGCCUCUGCCCAUCCCAAGCGGCAGGAAACUCCGAGAAGAGGAGCUUCAGGCGACCUCUUUACCCUCCAUCCCCAACCCCUUCCCCGAGCUCUGCAGCCCACCUUCACAGAAACCUAUUCUUGGGGGUUCCUCCGGUGCAAGGGGGUUGCUUCCUCGAGAUUCCGGUCGCCUCCACGUGGUGAAGGUGUACAGCGAAGAUGGGGCCUGCCGGUCUGUGGAGGUGGCAGCAGAGGCCACAGCUCGCCACGUGUGUGAAAUGCUGGUGCAGCGAGCGCAUGCCCUGAGCGACGAGAGCUGGGGCCUGGUAGAGUGCCACCCCUACUUAGCACUGGAGCGGGGUGUGGAGGACCAUGAGUUCGUGGUGGAAGUGCAGGAGGCCUGGCCUGUUGGUGGAGAUAGUCGCUUUGUCUUCCGCAAAAACUUCGCCAAGUAUGAACUGUUCAAGAGCCCCCCACAUACCCUGUUCCCAGAAAAGAUGGUCUCCAGCUGUCUGGAUGCACAAACAGGCAUAUCCCAUGAAGACCUCAUCCAGAACUUCCUGAACGCCGGCAGCUUCCCCGAGAUCCAGGGCUUCCUGCAGCUUCGGGGCUCAGGCCGGGGGUCAGGCCGAAAGCUUUGGAAACGAUUUUUCUGCUUUCUGCGUCGUUCUGGCCUCUAUUACUCCACCAAGGGCACCUCCAAGGACCCGAGGCACCUGCAGUAUGUGGCUGAUGUGAAUGAGUCUAAUGCGUACGUGGUGACCCAGGGCCGCAAGCUCUAUGGGAUGCCUACGGACUUUGGCUUCUGUGUCAAGCCCAACAAGCUUCGAAAUGGCCACAAGGGGCUCCACAUCUUCUGCAGUGAGGACGAGCAGAGCAGAACCUGCUGGCUGACUGCCUUCCGUCUCUUCAAGUAUGGGGUGCAGUUAUAUAAGAAUUAUCAGCAAACUCAAUCUCGUCACCUACGCCUAUCCUUUUUGGGGUCUCCUCCUUUGAGGAGCAUUUCGGAUAAUACCCUAGUGGCCAUGGACUUCUCUGGCCAUGCUGGGCGUGUCAUUGAGAACCCCCGAGAAGCUUUGAAUGCCGCCAUGGAGGAGGCCCAGGCUUGGAGGAAGAAGACAAACCACCGCCUCAGCCUGCCCACCCCAUGCUCUGGGUCAAGUCUCAGCACAGCCAUCCACCGCACCCAGCCUUGGUUCCAUGGACGCAUUUCCCGGGAGGAGAGCCAGCGGCUAAUUGGACAGCAGGGCCUGGUGGAUGGUGUGUUCCUGGUCCGGGAGAGCCAGCGCAACCCCCAGGGCUUUGUCCUGUCCUUGUGCCACCUGCAGAAAGUCAAGCAUUAUCUCAUUCUACCAAAACGGGGGCCGAUUGCUGGCCCCGUGGGCUGCUCCUCCACCCGGGACCGCUCUCUGACCUGCCCUCUGGCCACACCACAGAGCGAAGACGAGGGCUGCCUCUACUUCAGCAUGGACGAAGGCCAGACCCGGUUCACAGAUCUGCUGCAGCUGGUGGAGUUCCACCAGCUGAACCGAGGCAUCCUGCCCUGCGUGCUGCGCCACUGCUGCGCUCGUGUGGCCCUCUGAGACCACACGAGCCGUUCCAGCCCGUGGGGCUGCCCACCCCCCUUCUGUUCAGUGGACUCGCAGCGGGAUGGGAUGGUGGACGGCUGAAGACCUCCCCCAUCCCACUGUCCUCCUGUUUCUUUACCUCCCUCAGACGACAAAACAUCCCCAAACCCAUCCAUCCCUGACUUCUGUCCCUAAGGGAGGCAUCUGUGGUCCUCUCCCCAGGAGCUCCUGAGGCACUAUUCCAGUCAGGGGCAUCAUGAGAGAAGAGGGACAGCCCAGGUGGCCUCAUGCCCCACACGCUGUACAGACUAAGAGGCCAGUUGAUCUGUUCUGUUUUAUACUAGUGACAAUAAAGAUUAUUUUUUGAUACA